AUGCCUCCGAAACGAAUGACCCUGUCCAUCGAUACCCACUCCACAGAAGUAGCGUCACAGGCAGACCAAGAUUUGGUUGUGGGGCUUCUGGGGGCCGACGUAAGUCAAUAUGCUCAAGAGCUCAUUCUUUCUCGUUUCUCUACCCAAAUGACCAACUACACCAAUAUGUUCUUUAGUUCAGCAACUUUUAGCGCAGACAUAUCAAACCCAGAGACUCUAGUCAUCGAAGACACAUCCUCCAUACCCCCUCCCUCUCCUUCUCAGCGGAAUUCAGCCACCGUUUUAAGCUUCAGCUUGUCGGACAGUGCUUCUUCUGGACCUUCUUCCAUGACUAUGAUGUCUCCGCGCGCACGGAAGGCAGGUGGGCAGCACUUCCCUGAGGUGCAGGUUCCCUUGACUCCCUCUCUCCGUGCAACCCCGAAGUCCUUCGAUGGCGCAAGGUUGGAUGGCACACCAUCUUCUCCGCACACUGGCAGUCUUGCGAAUUCUGGAACUGCCUCUUCAGACCCCAGACAGGGCAAAGCAACGUCUAUGCAAGGAGUCGCCGACGAUGCAGAUUCACCCGAGAGGCGUGCGCUCAUUGACAGGAUUAAGAAGAAUUCUCGAAAAUCAGAGUGUGACGUCCAUGAGCAACAGGUUUUAGAGUCUAUUAUUUCACUAUACCCCAAUGGAAUUAACCUUCACACGACGGGCAGGUACCCUAACGUUGCUGCCGGAAUGGAGCUUGCUCAUAAGUUUAACCGGGCUCAGCCAGAAGCCAGUGAUGAGGUCCGCAUAAUCUCUGACGUCCUUUUCGAAAGCGUGCUUGGCAUACCUGGAUUUCUCGUCUGGAGCGCCGUACCGAUCAUGAUCUCGCAUUACAGCAAUAUUAACAAGGAUCCUCACACAGAUGGAGCUGCUCCAACAGCUGACAAUAACUAUUUGUAUAAAAAGUCUGCAAUCCCUGUGCCACAGCAGAUGUCCCGUGAAAUGAUAGAGUAUGGCCCUUGUAUUAAUGAGAUGUACUCGCCAGAAACGGGGACCUUGGAUAAGUACACUAUUAAGCCCGAUACCCUCCGGACAUGGUUUGCCACAGAAAUGGCUGGGAAACAAACACAUGAACGCCUUUUUAACAUUUUGAGGCUCCCAAAUCGUAACUACAUAACGCUGGAGGACUUAGAGCGCGUCGCUUGGAUCUUGCUGCGGCUCCACCCCGGCCUUUCGUUCCUGGCUGAGACACCCCAGUUCCAAGUGAAGUAUGCGGAGACGGUGGCGGCCAGGAUUCUUUUCGAGCUCGACUCUGCUGGACGGGGCGUGCUAUUUCCCCACGAUCUCUGUAAGCUACAUAUAGGUAACUUGGGCACUACUACGGUGCGCUCGGGCUAUGGUGUGCUUCUGGAGGCUCUUUGGCUAUCGCAGUUUGAGGCAGACAUCAAUCGGAUUCAGAGAUUUUUUUCUUACGAGCACUUCUACGUGAUUUAUUGCAAGUUUUGGGAGCUGGAUGAAAAUCAUGACCAGAAAAUUUCAUUGGAAGAAUUCUGCAAAUAUGGAGGCAACGUUAUUAAUAAGAGGGCUGCCCAGCGGGCCUUCAAUCUCUUGAUAGAUAGAAGAAGAUCGUGUAGAAGGUUCUUGACAGCCUCUGCUAUUUUGGACGACAAGAUAACUAUGAACAUUCCGCAAUCUGCCAUUAUUGAGCAGGAGGAGAAGAAGAGCAAGAAAGGCCUGGGUAAGGGAAAGAAGGGAGGAGCGCCUGCAACGUCUGAGAACUUCCUCACAUACUAUGACUUUGUGUGCUUUAUACUAGCAGAGGAAAAUAGAGACCUGGAUUCCUCGCUAAACUUUUGGUUUGAAGUGUGUGAUCUAGAUGCAGACGGGAUAAUAUCUUUCAAUGACUUUGACUACUUCUACCGCGAUCAGCUGGAGGCAGUGGAGCUGGCAGGCACGGACGCCCCGGAUAGUAAAGAUAUCUUCUGCCAGCUCGUAGAUCAAAUAAAGUCCACUUCUACCGCAAUCUAUCUCGUUGAUGCCGACCACGAUCUCGAAGAUGUGGGGUAUGUGGAUGGAAAAUCAUAUGAAAAUAAGUCUCCUUCGAAUGGAGUAACGCUCCAGGAGUUACGACGGUGUAAGGUAAGGGGGAACAUCUUUGAUGCGAUGAUAAACUUCCGUAAGCUAACGGCCUUUGAAGCGCGUGAUCCGUACCUCAUUUCCUGGAACACUGCUGCCCUGGAGAAGACUCCCUGGGACAGAUUCUGCAAGAUCCAGUAUGACAUAUUUGUCAAUAGCAGCGGGAGCUACGAGUUUACUGGCGAUUCGUGA